AUGGCGCGCGUACCCUUUCUUGGGAGGCUCUUAUGGUUCGAGUAUCUGGCACUCUUCGCGUCCCUAGUUCUUGUCCUACUUGAGACCGUUAUUCAUCUCAUCACUUUCUGUCUACCCACGCCGAUCAUACGAUUCUGCUAUGAACAAUCCAAGGCACUUUUCAACAAGAUCCUCCCACUCGAGGCGCAGGUCAAGAAAGACAAGCGCACUAAAGAAGAAGUCUUGGCUGGAUCUAUAGCUGAAGCCUCGGAUUUUGUUGACAUGUGCGCUCUCUUUGGCUACGAAGCGGAGGAGCACAUCGUACAAACCGCCGAUGGAUACCUACUUGGCCUGCACCGUUUGGCAUAUCGGAAGGGCGAAGAGAAAACACGCGUCAAUCACGGCUCCGACAGUAUCCGCAAGAAGGUGGUCUACCUCCACCACGGUCUACUCAUGUCCAGUGAGGUGUGGGUCGCCUUGACAGACGAGCAACGAUGUCUCCCAUUCCAGUUGGUAGAGAAGGGCUACGACGUGUGGCUGGGCAAUAAUCGUGGCAACAAGUACUCCAAGAAGUCUGUCUACUUCUCCCCGGGCUCAAAUGAGUUCUGGGACUUCUCAAUGGACCAGUUCGCCUUUCACGAUAUUCCCAACAGCAUCGAGUAUAUCCUCAACGUGACGGCCCAGCCUUCGCUCUCAUACAUUGGUUUCUCGCAGGGUACUGCACAGGCAUUUGCCACUCUCGCAAUUCACCCUCUGUUAAACCGGAAGGUCGAUGUCUUCGUCGCACUGGCGCCUGCAAUGGCCCCCUCAGGCCUUCGGAACCGCAUUGUCGACUCCCUCAUGAAAGCUUCGCCAGAUUUCCUCUUCCUGCUAUUCGGUCGACGAAGCAUCCUCUCGUCGACAACAAUGUGGCAAACAAUCGUAUACCCACCAAUUUUCGUCCGCAUUAUCGACACGAUGCUCUCCAUGUUAUUCAACUGGAAGUGCCGCAACAUCACUCGGACACAAAAGCUCGCCGCCUACAUGCACCUGUAUUCAUUCACGAGCACCAAAUCCGUCGUGCAUUGGUUCCAGAUUAUCCGCAACAAGAAUUUCCAAUUCUUUGACGACGAAAUCCAUGCCCCGUUCAGCGUCGUCGCUAGUGAGCGCUUCUACAAGCCCGUCAAAUACCCAACCCGCAACAUCAAGACCCCCGUCGUGCUUCUAUACGGCGACAGCGACAGCCUCGUCGACAUCAACGUCUUGUUGCAACGCCUACCCCGCGGAACCGUUGCCAAACCAAUUGCCACAUACGAGCACCUUGACUUCCUGUGGGCGUCAGACGUCCACCGCCAGGUAUUCGGUCAUGUCUUCGAUGCGCUGGAAACUCACAGCGCAAACGGUGCAGUCCCUCCUGAGGAUGAUCCUGUAGAUAACAAACUGGAUGGGAAGUAUCUUCUUGACGGGCGUGCUUCUAAUACAUCGGCGCUGCGGUCGCAUCAUUUCCUGCCGACUAAAGGGGGUUUAUGGGAUGUCUUGAUCAUUAGGAAACUCUUCCCAUUGUAUAUAACUCUCGUUUUUGUCGUUCAUACCCCACACCGUACAUGA